AUGGCAGUUGAUGGUUGGUUGAUUGAGAGGAUGGUUGGAUGGCGCAACGUAUUCCCACUCCCUCCAGCUCAUCGUGAUCUUCUCUCGAGACCUAUCAAACUCGACCAGUUCUUGAUAUGUCCACCUCCCCAGAACUCGCCUGUUCGUCGUCGUCGUCAUUCUGGAUCGACCACGGCACCAACCCCAGUCCGCGCUAGUCUACUCAAAGCCCAACAAGAUGACGAAGCUAUAAUUAUACCCCCGCCACGACCAAAAUCAACCCCCGUUGACGAACGACCCCAACGACGACGCAGGUCCGAUUCAGAGUCUGAUUCGGAAGGCUCCGAUAAGGAGACUAUGCAGAUUGAUUCACCGAGACAGCAAACUCAGCAAUUUUCAUCGUCUUCAUCUGAAUCAUCAGACGCCCAAGAUCUUGCUCAAAAACGUGGAGUUAUCACGCUCAAACCAGAAAAUUCCAGUCCAGAACGUCCUACUCGUCCUCUACCUGCUAAAUCUCGCAAAAUGGCCGGAAAUUUGACCAAUAAUCCCAUGCCGCAACCUGCAAACCCAUCUAUGCUCCCAGUUCAGGCUCAUGUACCCCGUGGUGGUGUCGCAUCGUCUCAGAGGAGGCUGUUUGUCAUCCUAGAGCAAGCUUGCUUGGAGGCAUACAGAGUUUCAAGUGGAGGAAAAGGCAAAGGCGGCAGGGAGGGCGAUGUCAAAUACACUCUUCUGAAUUGCGAUGAUCAUCAGGGCAUCCUCGCAAAGACUGGUAGAGAUAUUGCGGAUGCCCGUCCGGAUAUUACGCAUCAGUGCCUGUUGACGCUCUUGGAUUCGCCUCUUAACAAGGCGGGUCUGCUGCAAGUGUACAUCCACACCACAAAAGGUGUGCUCAUUGAGGUCAACCCUCAUGUCAGAAUUCCUCGUACAUUUAAGCGAUUCAGUGGAUUGAUGGUUCAACUACUCCAUAAGCUGUCUAUUCGCGGGGUCAAUGGCCCAGAGAAGUUGCUCAAGAACCCCGUGACUGACCAUCUUCCUGUCAAUACCAUGAAACUCACUCUUUCCGGUGAUGCUCCGACUAUCAGACUCUCCCGUUAUCUUCCGACUCUUCCGGAAACGCACUCGGUUGCUGUCUUCGUGGGCGCUAUGGCUCGUGGCCGCGAUGACUUCGCCGAUCACGUUGUAGACGAAAAGAUCAGUAUCAGUGACUACCCUCUAUCCGCAUCUGUCGCUUGUGGCAAAUUCUGUUGUGCUCUCGAAGAGCUAUGGGACAUUGUAUGA